AGAAGCGCCCACUGGUUGCCCUCCACAUGCACUGGCCCGGGGAUCUUACACACCCAGACGGGACUGAAACUGCAGACUAGGCAUGUGCCCUGACCAGGAAUCAAACAGUAAACUUUGGGUUAUGGGACUAUGCUCCAACCACGUGAGCCUCAUGGGCCAGAGCAGCAUAAGUAGUUUUUAAAGUCCUUUUCCCACACCUCCAGGUAACCUCUCCCUACCUGAUUUUUCACACUUGCCUACAAAAAAUUUGAUUAGAGAGAAAGCAAUAUCUACAGUCUUGUCAAAGCAACAUUAAACACCCUUUAUUUCUGCUGACUUAGGAAAAAAUUGAGCUGGUCUCUAAGCCUUAGCAGAAGGGAACUUGGGGUUAACAGAGCACGCUGAGGUAACAAAGGGUGGUUGUUUCUGGAAAGGUGGUAUCACUGUAACUAUAACAACAUGCUCUACUGGCUGCUACUCACUUUAAUUAUGCUAAUGAAAAUAAUGGUGUUGAGUGGAUGCCAUCACAUAAGAUUUUGGCGAAGAAAGAGAAAAAUGUGGGUUCGGAUCAGUGGCUCUGACAUUGCCAGGGUCUGGAGAAUGUGGAAGUGCCUUUGAUACGACUUCUCCCUGGACAUCAACUGGGAGUGUGGCUGCACAACAAGAGAAGCUGCUUAGUUCAGAAUGAUGGCAGCGUGAGCUGGUUACAGAACUGGGUUGGAAUCAGCAUGCAUAUCUACUCAGAAAAAAGGGAUCUUUGGGUGGAGAAACAAAGUGGGACCAUUUUUAAUGGGCCCUGUUAUCUACAUCUCUAGAAGCCAUUUUAUUUCAUUUUUACAAGAGAUGUAACACACACCAUUGCUUGCCUUUUCCUUUGUUGCAGAUAAUAGGAGAGGGUUGCUAGUCCUCUUGUGUUGUCUGUUGAUAAGAGAGUAAACAUGAUCCGGUUGGGUUUGGCUAGAACACCCUUGCCAUUCUACAGGUAUCUCAAACUCUCUGUCUAAAUCUUAAUUCAUCGGUGCACCACGUGCACGCCCACUUCCAUGCAUACACACAUGCAUAGCCUUGUUCCUUCUGUGCAUUUUUUUCUUUGUGAAUUAUCAUCAUAUUACUCAGAUCCCCAACUCAAGCCUUGGGCAUCACCCUGACUCCUUCAUCUCUGUUCCAUGUUUGUAUUUACCAGUGCUAGCACUAAGUUCUAUCGGCUCCUGUGUCUCAUAUCUCUUGAAUGUAUUAUUUCCUCUGUUCCUCCUUUGCUAUUUCCUAGUUCAGGCCACCACCAUCAUCUUACUACUCAUUAAUUACUACAGGAGCCUUAGAAGUUAGGUUUUCUGUAUUCAAUCUUUUCUGAAACACACAGCUGACCAAAACAAAUCUUUCCACAGCUUUCUGUCAGCCCCAGCAGAGAGGUAAAAUUGUUUAAACUGGCUUGGGUGAUUCUCGAUGUGUCCCUGCUUCCCUAGUGAGCCUCGUAUGGUUCCAGUCUGCCUGUGGACAGCCAUGCUCUGCCAGAAGCAUCUCUUCCAGUUCUACCUGGUCCUGCUAGAGCCUGCCCUCACACUGUGCUCUCACACUGCUUAGCCCAACCGAACCCUCCUUGACCUUCCAAUCUCUAAGUGUCCCUUAAACAUUCAGAACAAUGUCUAGUCAGUAAAAGUUUGUCUUUCUACCAUGCAUUUUCCUGAAGGCUUAUCCUGCCUUGCUAACCAUAUCCUGUGGAUCUUGCAAUGUGCUGGCUCAAUGAAUGCGCUGAAUAAACGAUACAAUUUAAGAUGUGCUAUUUCAGUAUGGUCUUAGUGCACACACACACACGCUCGCGUGCACGCACACAUGUGCAUGCACCUUGGUGAACCCCUUUUCUUCAUUUUUUUUCACACAGCAGUAAUUAGUAACUGGACCUGCUCCUCCUACAGAUAUCAGCCUGAUAAUCAUCUACAGCUGUUUCUCUGGUUGCCGAAGAAAGAAACCUGAGGCACAUCUGGAUUGCAUUAGAAUGAGAAUCUAACGCAGUUUGGAUGUGCUGUACUGGGGUCCUGAGUGCAUCUUCAGAGGGUUAUUGUGGUGCCUGUCUCUUGACCUUCCACUGGGUAUCUGGUGGUACCGAGGUGGGUGCAUGGGAAAUGGCAGCAGCAAGAACUACGUUCUUCGUUAACAUGAAGCAAGUCACAGUACUUUCUUAACUCAGCCUCGCUGUUGAACACAGAGCAGCUUAAACCCCGUGCCAUUCAGCCCGUAAGGAGACAGGCUGGCCGCCCCUCUACCUCCUCCCCGAGGCAGUGGAGGACUUAGGAGGAAGCGUGGGGAGUAAGGAAGUGGACUUAGAAGCUUGGAGGAGUCUGAGUCUUGAAGUGAACUGCCAUGACGUGUUUGUGACCAAAGUAACUCAGGCACCUUCAGGAGUUCAUUUUAAAUUUGUGGCCUUCUGGUUAUUUCUACGCCCCCCAAGUCAGAUAGAGUGCCUAAUUAGCAGCGAAAAAUGUGGACGGUUCCGCGCCGCAGUCUGAUGCCCAGGUUUGUGGCUGGCCUUUGGGCUACACCGGGGCAGGCGGUGGGGCCUCUGCGCUCAUAGUGGGGCCACUUCGCCGCCCAUCCAGGCCCCAGCCACGGUUAGAAGGGGUAGCCUGUGCGCCUUCCAGCUUUGCCACUCUCGCAGAGCCCCCAGAGCCCGGAGUCUUCCAGCUCUUAGAAGAAGUUGUGAGGUCUGGCCGGACGCGCGAUUAGCAGCAGAGGUCCCCCAGCGCCCCCUGCAGCCGCUGGUCGGGGGUAGACGGCACCUAGUCUCGCCUCAGCACCAAACCUGGGACCCCACCCAGAGGCCCGCGCCCAGGAGCUCGGGAGCAUCCGCACCUCCCUGCGGCAGAAACCGGGCGUGGGGUCCUGCGGGCGGGUGCGCUACAUCCCAGGCGGCCUCCGAUUGCUCCGCCCGGGGGCCGACUUCCCCUCCCUCUUUCCGUCCGUCCCUCCCUUCUUCCCUUCCUCCUUCCCUCCUGCCUGCUGGCGCUGGACUCGCUGAGCCUCUUCUCUCGGGGCCUUCUUCCCUUUGGCCUGCACAACUCGGGGACUGUGCCAUUUGGUGUUGAAUGUUCCCCUCCGAGAGCGCAUGGCUGAGGAAGAGAGGCGAGGGCCGGGCCCCCGAAGGGCCACCGUCCGGGAGGCGGUGAUGCUGCUGCUGUGCCUGGGGGUCCCGACCGGGCGCUCCUACAACGUGGACACCGAGAGCGCGCUGCUCUACCAGGGCACCGCCAACACCCUCUUCGGCUACUCAGUGGUGCUGCACAGCCACGGGCCGAACCGAUGGCUCAUAGUGGGGGCUCCCACCGCCAGCUGGCUCUCCAAUGCUUCGGUGGUCAGUCCGGGGGCGAUUUACAGAUGCCGGAUCGGAACGAAUCCAAACCGGACUUGCGAACAGCUCCAGCUAGGCAGCCCCGGCGGAGAACCUUGUGGAAAGACUUGUCUGGGAGAAAGAGACAAUCAGUGGUUGGGGGUCACGCUUUCCAGACAGCCAGGAGAAAAUGGAUCCAUCGUGACAUGUGGGCAUAGAUGGAAAAAUAUAUUUUAUAUAAAGAAUGAAAAUAAGCUCCCCACGGGUGUUUGCUAUGGAAUGCCUUCUGAUUUACGGGCAGAACUGAGUAAAAGGAUGGCUCCAUGUUACCAAGAUUUUGUGAAAAAAUUUGGAGAAAAUUUUGCAUCAUGUCAAGCUGGAAUAUCUAGUUUUUACACAGAGGAUUUAAUUGUGAUGGGAGCUCCAGGAUCAUCUUACUGGACUGGCUCUAUUUUUGUCUACAAUAUAACUACAAAUACAUACAAGGCUUAUUUAGACACAAACAAUCAAGUAAAAUUUGGAAGUUACUUAGGAUACUCGGUUGGAGCUGGUCAUUUUCGGAGCAGGCACACUACCGAAGUAGUUGGAGGAGCCCCUCAACAUGAACAGAUUGGAAAAGCAUACAUAUUCAGCAUUGAUGCAAAAGGACUAAGUAUCUUACAUGAAAUGAAAGGUAAAAAGCUUGGCUCUUAUUUUGGCGCAUCUGUCUGUGCGGUGGACCUCAACGCGGAUGGCUUCUCCGACCUUCUCGUGGGGGCUCCGAUGCAGAGCAUCAUCAGAGAGGAAGGAAGAGUGUUUGUGUACAUCAACUCCGGCUGGGGAGCAACAAUGAAUGAAAUGGAGACAGAGCUCAUUGGAAGUGACAAAUAUGCCGCAAGAUUUGGGGAGUCUAUAGUUAAUCUUGGUGACAUUGAUAAUGAUGGCUUUGAAGAUGUUGCUAUCGGAGCUCCACAAGAAGAUGACUUGCGAGGCGCUGUGUAUAUUUACAAUGGCCGAGCAGAUGGGAUCUUACCAACCUUCUCCCAGAGAAUUGAAGGGUUUGAAAUCAGUAGAUCCUUAAGUAUGUUCGGACAGUCUAUAUCUGGGCAGAUUGAUGCAGAUAAUAAUGGGUAUGCAGAUGUAGCAGUUGGUGCUUUUCGGUCUGAUUCUGUGGUGUUGCUAAGGACAAGACCUGUACUGAUUGUUGAAGCUUCUUUAAACCAUCCUGAGUCAGUAAAUAGGACAAAUUUAGACUGUUUUGAAAAUGGAUUGCCUUCUGUGUGCAUGGAGCUAAGACUCUGUUUCUCAUACAAGGGCAAAGAGGUUCCGGGUUAUAUUGUCUUGUACUACAACAUUAGUUUGGAUGUGAACAGAAAGGCAGAGUCUCCAUCGAGGUUUUACUUUUCUUCUAAUGCAACUCCUGAUGUGGUCACAGGAAGCAUGAAAGUAUCAAGCACAGAAGCUAGCUGCAAAAUACAUGAGGCGUUUAUGCGGAAAGAUGUGCGAGACAUCCUCACCCCAAUCCAGAUUGAAGCUGCUUACCACCUUGGGCAUCAUUACAUCGACAAACAAAGAACAGAGGAAUUCCCACCACUUCAGCCAAUUCUUCAGCAGAAGAAAGAAAAAAACAGAAUUGAAAAAACAAUAAACUUUGCAAGGUUUUGUGCCCAUGAAAACUGUUCUGCUGAUUUACAAGUUUCUGCGAAAUUUGGAUUUUUGAAGCCGCAUGAGAAUAAAACCUACCUCGCCGUUGGAAGCAUGAAGACGUUAACGCUGAAUGUGUCCCUGUUUAACGCUGGAGACGAUGCGUAUGAAACGACCCUGCAUGUUAAACUGCCCACUGGGCUUUACUUCAUUAAGAUUUUAGAUCUGGAAGAGCAGCAGAUACACUGUGAAGUAACAGACAGUUCUGGCGCAGUAAAACUGGACUGCAGUGUUGGCUAUAUAUAUGUAGAUCGUCUCUCAAGGGUAAAUGUUACCUUUCUCCUGGAUGCCAGCUCCCUCAGCAGAGCGGAGGAGGACCUCAACAUCACAGUGCACGCCACCUGUGAAAACGAAGGGCAAAUGGGCCAUCAGAAAGGUAACAAAGUGACUUUGGCAGUACCCCUGAGGUAUGACGUCAUGCUAAAUGCUCACGGGUUCGUAAACCCGACUUCAUUUGUAUAUGGAUCAAAUGAGGACUCGGAGCCUGAAACGUGCAUGGCAGAGAAAGUGAACUUCACCUUCCACGUUGUCAACAGUGGCCAUAGCAUGGCUCCAAACAUUAGUAUGGAAAUAACAGUGCCAAAUUCUUUUACCCCCCAAACUGAUAAGUUGUUCAACAUUUUGGAUGUCCAGACUACUACAGGGGAAUGCCAUUUUGAAAAUUAUCAAAGAAAGUGUACAUCAGAUCAGGAGAAAGGUGCAAUGAGGACCCUAACAGAUAUAUUUACAUUCUUGUCAAAGACUGAUAAGAGGUUAUUGUUCUGCAUGGAACAGGAUCCACAUUGUUUAAAUUUCUUCUGCAAUUUUGGGAGGAUGGAAAGUGGAAAAGAAGCCAGCGUUCACAUUCAGUUGGAAGGUCGGCCGGCCCUCUUAGAAAUGGAUGAGACUUCAGCACUCAAGUUUGAAAUAAGAGCAAAAGCUUUUCCAGAGCCAAAUCCAAAAGUUACUGAACUACACAAGAAUGAGAAUGUUGCACGUGUUCUGUUGGAAGGAUUACAUCAUCAAAGACCCAAACGUCAUUUCACUAUAGUGACUAUUUCAAUUAGCUUGCUACUUGGACUUAUUCUACUUUUAUUGAUUUCAUAUGUUAUGUGGAAGGUUGGCUUCUUUAAAAGAGAGUACAAAUCCAUCCUACAAGAAGAAAACAGAAGACACAGUUGGAAUUACAUUAACAGUAAAAGCAAUGAUGGUGGUGAGGAUGAUGAGGAUGAUUAAAGACUUCUUUCAAAUUGGAGAAUAAGACUCAGGUAAAAUAAAGACAUUUAAGACAUUGUUUACAAGAAAACAUGAACUUUGCUCAGUGUUCUUUCAAGCACUUCUUUUACUCAUGACCUUGUGACAUACUAUGUCUUAAGGCAAAUGAAAAACCCAAGAAAUGAUAUUCUAUCAGCUCUUAAAUGGACAGCAAAAACACUAAAACAUUCAAUUUGUUCAAGAUAAUCCUUUGAAGAUAUCUGGAAAUGAAAGUACAUCUGAAUUAAAUCACAUUGAGGACAUAAACAUGACUGGAGAAAUCUUGGACUUGAAAUAUUCCUUUAAAGGAGUAGGUAAUAAUUCAUGGCUAAUAGAUCUUUGGGGCUUGUUUGAAAUAUGUUCUUUAAAAAUAGAAUUUUUCAAAGAGCUCUUUCCAACUUUCCCAAUGAAUAAGAGAACCACUGUCAUUUAAACGCAAAUUUCACCUUUAAGACCUUUGUUGUAGCACAUUUCCCAUGAGCUUUGAUUCCCAGCCACUCAGCACUCUGAUUGUUCUGGGCCUGAAGGGCCAGCUUGAGACUGAACUUUUAUACACUGGUUUGAGCUGAACUGGGUGACUUUUGGAUAAUUAUGCAGUUAUGGAUGAUUACUGUUUAUACAGCUAUGGAUUUCUUUCUUCUUUCUGUAUAUACCUAACUUUAAAAGACUAUGUUUAUACAGGCACAAAUUCACACAUCCUCCUGUAACAAUUUUUCCAAGGGCACCCGGAGUAAAUUAAAAAUCCAUCAUUAGUCAAAUUUGUUUAUAAAAACAGCAGUACUUAAGAAUUCUAAUUUAUAUUCUAAAAGAGAUGGUGAUGGGUGAUGGUUGCACUUUAGAUGAUAUUUGAAGUAUAAAUACACUGAUAUGUAAAAUAUGAAAACUAUACCUCACACAUUUUUUUAAACCAAAGCUCUGCAGAAACAAAUAGUAAGGGGAAAUAUUUCAUAUAGAUACUCUCUAGAAUACUAACUGAUGUUAUUCUUUAUUCAAGUGUAAGUAAACAUGUAUUUCUAUCAGUUGUGUGUAACAACAUUCUCUUCUACAUGGAAUUGGGAAUAAAAUUCAGAAAUUUAAUACAGGUUUAGUUUGUAUCCAGCGACUAUAAAAGUAACAUAAAAUUUCCAUGACAUGUGUUUUAGUGAUAAAUGAACUAUUUAAAAUAAUUUCUCUUUAAAGUCAUUUACAUUUACAAAUAUAAUCUUUCUGUAAUAUUUAUUCAUGUGUAUGAACUAGAUGUUGAGUGUAGAAUAUAAUUUCAUCUGAACUGGGCUGAAGCUUCCUAUAAUUAUAUGUAUACAAAGUUUGAAAAUCUGUUAUAGGGUGAGGUCAAAUAGGUAAAUGAGAGAGGCCUUUACUAUUAUGAGAAAUAUUUCUUUAUAUGACGUCCCUGCCAACAGCUGUCUUCCUCAGACUGCCUAAUCCCUAUAAGUGUCCAUCGCCAGUCUGCGAUUGGCGGUCAGAGACUUGUAAAGGCGGUUGACGGGAAAGCCCAGUCAUCGCAACAGGUGUGAAACCUCCUGAAGUCUGUGUGCCCACAGAACUGAGUCACAGGUAUGGAAGACUUUAAAGCAUACUUUUAUCAGAAGCUACUGUUUUUUUCACUAUAAAAAGCCAAGUAGUUCAGGAGGAUGUCUAGACUUGAUGGUAGAAAAUCAAACCCAAAUUUAGAAUUUCAUUGUCAAGGAUAAUACCUGAGGAAGUUUCAAUUUGGUUCUCUUCUACUCAGGAAUGACAGCCUUUCAGGUAUCACCGAGACCACUGAAAACCCUGUGUUUUCACCACUGCCCAAAGACAUUACUUCCAGGAGCAUGAGAAACUGCCCAGUUAGAUAUUGCAUCAUUUUUUAACUUUAAUAUUACCUGUAUUAUGAAUUUAUAAAGAAAAAUCGACUGGGUUGUCAACUUUCAGAGAAUAUUCACAAAAUUGGUACCAUAACAAGUUAAAUUUGCUAUUUUUGAUGUUACUAAAAAGAACCCUUUCUUUUUUUUCCCUCUUAGGAUAAUCUGUUUAAAACAUGACCAUAUUCCUUCAUAUUGAAAUUCUAGUUCAUACAUUUCUGUUAUAAACAAUUACAUGUUACUUUGGCAUCAUUCAUUUCUUCCAUGCUUUCUCCAUAAAGAUCGAUAAGUCUUGGGUGCAAUCUAUAAAGAAUAAAAUAUAUGUACUUGAUUAUCAACCUCUCAUUCUGUUAUUUUUCACAUAUACACAAUUGAGUACGGUGCAUCAUACCAAACACAAAUCUAAUGAGAGCCAUCAAACAUACACAUACAUUGCAAAACUACAAUCUAGAAAAACUGGGGCAGGGUGUCAAAUCAGCACAGAAACUACUAUAAAGCCUUCUUAACUGAUUUCCUUGACUAAUAGUCUCCAUUUUUUCUGUGAAAGCCGGUUAGCUGUGCUGACGGAAAGCUCACAUCUAUCUAGUGGACUACUCAGGGUGCCCUUGCCCACUACCCAUCGAGUCAUAAAGCUUACCAAGAAUGAUUUCGCAUGUUCCAGAAUCUUUCUAUACCAACUGUGGUUGUUACUUAAUAAAAUGAUAUGUAAAGUAAAAGCAAACUGCGGAACAUAAAACUGUUAUAAAACUGUUAUAGUAUUAAUUAUUGGUGAAAGGACAUUUUAAAAGACUGAUUAAAUUGUAACAAUCUGCUACUCACAUGGUGUCACAGCAUUUAAACUUUCGACUCAUGUUUUGAAAUUCAAAAUGGAAAUUAUAGACAUUAUCUUUAUAGUUUAUUAAAAAUAAUUCAAAAAUGCCCAUACAUACUACCCAAAGCAAUCUACGGAUUCAGUGCAAUUCCUAUUAAAAUACCAAUGGCAUUCACAGAUCUAGAACAAACAUCCCCAAAAUGACCCCUCCCCCCCCACCAAGUAGCCUCAGCAUUCUUGAGAAAGAAGACUAAAGUUGGAACAUCUCAAUACCUGAUAUCAAACUCUACUACUACAAGGCCACUAUAAUUAAAGCAGUCUGGUACUGGCAUAAUAACAGACAGCCCAGAAAUAAACCCAUGACUUUAUGGUCAAUCAGUAUUUGACAAAGCAGGCAGCAGUAUAUAAUGGACUAGACAAUCUCUUCAAUAAAUGGUAUAGGAAGAACUGGAUUAGUACUU